AUGACCUAUAGAUACACAUUAGCGUUUGUGUUUGGGCUUAUUCCUAAUACAUGCAGUUUCAUAUUUUCUCGCGCAGCAAACCCAAACCCAUUCGAAGUUCGCCUUGCCGGUGGUUCAAACGAUGCUGAAGGCAGAGUAGAGGUACUGCAUGACGGAUCCUGGGGUACUAUCUGUGAUGGCUGGUGGGAUCUUAGAGACGCCAGGGUGGUUUGUAGGAUGCUGGGGUUCGAUGGAGUCUUGGAAGCACCGCGAUCUGCAAGGUUUGGUCAAGGAUCUGGUCGCGUUCUGCUGAAGUAUGUCAACUGUGAAGGAACUGAAGACAAUCUAGCAGACUGUGCUCAUUGGUCGUUAUUCAUGUCAACAUACAAGGGAUGCAGGAGCCAUUUGUUAUUCUGGAGUACAAUCAUAAAAUGUGGGCUUAUUUUUAAUACAAGCAGUUUCAUAUUCUCUCGCGCAGCAAACCCAAACCUAUUCGAAGUUCGCCUUGCCGGUGGUUCAAACGAUGCAGAAGGCAGAGUAGAGGUUAUGCAUAACGGAUCCUGGGGUACUAUCUGUGAUGACCUCUGGGAUCUCAGAGACGCCAGGGUGGUUUGUAGGAUGCUUGGAUUUGAUGGAGCCUUGGAGGCACCGAGAUCUGCUAGGUUUGGUGAGGGUUCUGGGUUUGUUUUACUGAGGAUUGCCAACUGUGAAGGAACUGAAGACAACCUCGCAGACUGUGCUCAUCCAGGGAUUGGACGUUACUCUUACUCAUGUAGCCAUUCGAGGGAUGCAGGAGCUAUAUGUUACUCAGGAGGUAUUUUCUCUCCCCCUCCCGCGUCUCUCUUCUUUGAGAUGCCUAACCCUUACCAUUUUCGUGCCAAUAAUUGGAAUGGGUCUUCUAACUCCUCCAAAAAGAAAACACCGAUAUCAAAUUAUAUUCCCUGUUUUGGCACAGCAAAUCCAGACCUAUUACAAGUUCGCCUUGCCGGUGGGUCAAACGAUGCUGAAGGCAGAGUAGACGUUAUGCAUAACGGAUCCUGGGGUACUGUUUGUGAUAUCAACUGGGAUCUGAGCGACGCCAGGGUGGUUUGCAAGAUGCUAGGGUUUAAUGGAGCCUUGGAAGCACCGAGAUCUGCAAGGUUUGGUCAAGGAUCUGGUCGCGUUCUGCUGAACUAUGUCAAUUGUGAAGGAAUUGAAAAAAACUUGGCAGACUGUGUACAUGCAGGGAUUAGUCGUUACUCAUGUAGCCAAUCAAGGGAAGCAGGAGCCGUUUGUUACUCAGGAGCAAACCCAAACCCAUUCAACGUUCGCCUUGCCGGUGGUUCAAACGACGCUGAAGGCAGAGUAGAGGUACUGCAUGACGGAUCCUGGGGUACUAUCUGUGAUUAUGACUGGGAUCUCAGAGACGCUAUGGUCGUUUGUAGGAUGCUUGGAUUUGAUGGAGCCUUGGAGGCACCGAGAUCAGGAAAUUUUGGUCAAGGAUCUGGUCCCGUCCUGCUUACGUAUGUUAGCUGUGAAGGGACGGAAAGAAACCUAGCAGACUGUGCUCAUUCUGGAAUUGAACGUUACCCAUGUAGUCAUUUAAGGGAUGCCGGAACGGUUUGUUUCAAUGGAGGUCAUUUAUCUUCUAAUGAGGUUGUCUAUACAUUCACAUCUUAUCAGUCUAAAAAUUCAUUAAACACAACAGAACCAUUUCAAGUUCGUCUUACAAAUGGAACAACAGGCUCAGAAGGCAGAGUUGAAGUUUCGUAUAAGGCAUCGUGGGGAACUAUAUGUGAUGAUAAUUGGGAUCUCCGAGAUGCGAGAGUCGUUUGUAACAUGGUUGGAUUUGAUGGAGCUUUAGCCACACCCGGUAGUGCUACCUUUGGGGCUGGAGGUGGGGAAAUAUUGUUCGAUGACGUUGACUGCAAAGGCACGGAGGAUACCAUUGCUGACUGCUUCCAUCGAGGAAUUGGAGUCAACAACUGCAACCAUGGCAGUGAUGCUGGUGUCGUCUGCUUUAGAGGAGGUAUGAUUAUACAAAGUGCUAUUCAGAAACAUUCAGGAGAUGGAAUGUUGGCGAAAUACACCGAGAAGGGGGGGGGUAUACUCAUGAUUCUAUGCUCUUCAGACAAACAAAUCCAAGAGCUGAUAACAUAUACAUUUAUUUUUCUUACACUUGCAGCGCCAUUUCUAGUUCAGCUGGUAAAUGGUUCUAACGACUUUGAAGGACGAGUAGAGGUCAUGUAUGAAGGUUCCUGGGGAACCAUCUGUGAUGAUGAGUGGGAUCUGAGAGAUGCCAGAGUCGUGUGUAAAAUGCUAAAGUUUGAUGGAGCGUUAGCCGCACCAGGCUCUGCAACAUUUGGCCAAGGCUCAGGCGACAUACUUCUUGAUGAUGUAUCCUGUGAGAGAACACAUGACAACCUGGCAGACUGUUAUCAUCGAGGAAUUGGUGUUUCAAAUUGUCAACACGAAGAAGAUUCUGGAGCUAUUUGUUUCACAGGAGGUAUAAGCGGAUUUACAUUCUACCAUCAUAUUCAUAAACCAUUCACAGUUCGUCUUAGGAAUGGAUCAAAAGCGUCGGAGGGGAGGGUAGAGAUUAGGUAUGACGGAUCCUGGGGAACCAUUUGUGGAAGUAGUUGGGACCUCAUCGACGCCAGAGUUGUAUGCAGAAUGCUAGGCUUUGAUGGAGCUUCAGAAGCACCAGUAUCUGGAGAGUUUGGCCGAGGUGAAGGCGACAUUUUCCUUUCUGAUGUUCAGUGUGACGGCACAGAAAACAGUCUGGCAGAUUGCAGUCACGCAGGCAUAGGGGUCAACAAUUGCAACCAGGCCAUUGAUUCGGGUGCUAUCUGUUUCUCAGGAGUACGUCUAGUUGGAGGAACUAGUAACGCUGAAGGCAGAGUAGAGAUUUUACACGAUGGCUCCUGGGGAACUGUGUGUGAUGAUUCUUGGGAUCUCAAGGACGCAGAGGUCGUUUGCAGAAUGUUAGGAUUUGUUGGGGCUUUGGAAGCUCCGGUUGGUGCUCACUUUGGUAAAGGAUCUGGGGCCAUCUUUCUCGAUGAAGUGCAGUGCAAUGGAACUGAAAUCGAUCUUGAACAUUGUGAUCAUGACGGCAUUGGUGUCCACAACUGUGCCCACAACGAAGAUGCCAGUGUUAUCUGUAUCCAGCCAGAUCUCACUACUAAGUUUGUAAGCAACGAAUCGGGCAUAUUUACGACCAAGGAUUUCACUCAAACGACAUCUCCGAACUUGUUUCAAGAAGAACUAAAAAUAAUAAUUGUUUACGGGGUAUGUAUCAUACUUUCGAGCGUCUUCGUAGUGGUAACACUUACAUAUUGUAUACGGAUGGUCAGGAAGAAAAGGGCGGGGAGCAACCUAGAAAAUGAAAUUUACAUGGAUUUCCAAGACAUAGGAUUAAAUAAGGGCGCGAUCACACGCUCUACCUAUCAGGAAUUGAAUUCACCACCAAAACUUCCAGAGCGACCUCUAACGAUGAUUGGUCAAGGAAGUACCAUGAGAUCGUCUGGCCAGCGGUUUAAUAACCACGAUGAGCGGACUCUGACACACCAUGACAGAAAACGUGACAGUGGCCACGAAUAUACAGAAAUGGGAACCACGACCAAGACUGUUUCCGCGAACAAGGAAGAACAUAGCUAUGCUUACAACAUCCAUCCAACGAGAAGCCAAGAAGACUCACGUGAGUCGAUAAGUAAUGGGCAGUUAAUCAGUCAAAACAAACCACACGAGUAUAUGGUUAUGAACACUGUGUACAAAAAGAUUGAUGUGGGAAAAGAUGAAGAUAUUGACGGAUAUCUUCUUCCAAGUAAAACUAGCGAAACGCAACAAUUCCCGAUUCAAGCUGACUAUACAAAAGCAACCAUGCCCGCAGAUAACGACAAGAUAUCGGAAUCAUCACGACCAGAUUACUCCGAAGAUGAAAACGCACGUUUGCAAAAAGAAUUACAAAAUACAAAACGACUUAGUGCACAUGAAUAUUUAAAUAUGACCACUUUUGGUCAAGGAAUAUCAAAGGAAAAUGAAAUGGACACUGACGGCUAUCUUCUACCUACUGUUUUUGGUGUCAGUAGGGAAAUGAACGACUAAAAAGUUUAUUCCAAUUGAAUUCAUGAAGAUUAUGAAUUUACUACGGUCCUCUAACUUCUAUUUUUCAUGGUUAGAAAGUAGAAAUAGGAUAGAGAGUAGGACAAUGUGUAUUUUUUACGCAUCAGGUUCUACUAAAUAUAUCUUCUUCCAAGUAAAACUAGCCAAACGCACCAAUUACCGAUUCGAGCUGAACAUGCAAAAGCAACCAAUGGGAAAAAAACAUUUGAUAUGUAAUAGGGACUAAUGGUAGAAUCUAUU